AUGAGCGAAUUCCAGUACGGGCUCAAGGAUAAGUUCCUCACCAAGGAGGAACUCUACGAAUUUCGUUUCCCCACAACUGUACUGGCCUGGACGAAUCCUCUGAAGAAGAAGGCCACGGUCAGUACGAAUACUACCGAUUCCGGGCAUUCAAACAACAAGCUAUACCCGUUCGCAGAGAAGCUUACCAACUUGUUGGUCCGUGAUGUGGAAGUUGUCGCCGUGACAGCAUCGACCGCAGGAGAGAUUCUGUUCCAAACAGUGUGCGAUGACAGCGGCGUAUUGCUCACAGAAGAUGAUACUGCCUCUGAAGCGGAAGAAGAGAGCGAGCCAGGUCCUGCAGCGGCUGUUGGGUAUGUGCAGAGCCUUUGCAAUGAACAGCGAAGCAAGACGUUGGACGAGCAAGAGCAUCACCCUGCCCUACAAGUCCAUAUUCCAUUGACUACUGCCGAUGAUAUGGGAGACUCAAUCGGCUGCUGGUUGCUUUCCAAGACAGAGAGACAUCUGGAAGGAGUGACGCAUCCCCGGACAACUGUCAGUUUCUCUCAGCAUGCAGCCAAUCUCGUGCACUUGAUCAAGGCAACCUACGAACAAACAUCAAAGGGUACAGCUGCAUUGGCCAGAGACCAGUUACUUAACUACGUGCUCUUGACCUCGACCGCCAAGAUAGCUUCUCGCAUCCAGAAAGGCAGCAAAGACCGCAACUUUUACGACUAUCUAAGCAAGCCUGGCGGUGACCUUGAUGACUUUAUGCUGCAGGAAGGUUACCACUUCAGGUCAUUGCUUCUGGGUACCGCCCGCGAUGUUCUCUACUCAAACUUUACCGAAAUCCAGCGGAAAGUGAUCGUUUCAACGAUCAAGUUUCUGGAACGUCGGUCAUCAGCCAAUGCAGACAAACUGCCCUGCCGUACUCAAGAGGCACUGGAAAAUACCCGAAAGAUCAUCAAACCACUCACCCAAUUCAAGGACCUUCUGAACACCGGCGAAUCGACUGUUUACAACCAACAUACUGCUAGUCUUUUGCAGGAUAUUCUUAGUGCUGUGCUCGACAACCUAGUUGCCUGCUUCGAGUGGCUCGCAGCUGCAGUGCGAAGAUCACAAUUUUUCAAGAGCAGCAAUUACGACGCACUUCCAGGAAGUCCCGCAAGCGACGAAAUUGCACUCGCAGGUCACUAUUUCGAUCAUCUUUUGAAACAAGCAGGUCUCUGGCUUGAUGUUUUGACACAGUUCAAGAAGACGUUCUGCAAGUACUUGUAUACAAACCUAGGGCUUUUGAGAAAGGUUCACAUGAUAAAGAAUGCAAUGAAGACCGGCGACAUUGCUCAAGAUACCGAAGGCCUCCCUGGAUUCUCGACCCCACUUGAAAAGCAACAAACGAUCGACCCCGAGUUCGAGCAGCUCGACUCUCUUGCCGAGAGACAGCAGUGGGAGCACGCAGCAAUGGCAUGGCUGGAUCUGAUAUGUCUACACUGGACAGCGAUCCUGGAUCUCCGGAGUGAAGGCCGCCAGGCACCCCGCAACAAAGUUCUCAGAACCUACUUGCAGCAAGCGAAGUUCCAACACUUUGAAACUCGUCAAGAGCACCAGGACAGGAGAUUGAUCAUAAAGGGUUAUCUGGACAACUUCACAUUGCUAUCUGGAGAGAAGCUCACAACGGACGAAUGCCAAAAGAUCAGAACAUGGCUGCUAAGAAAUGGCGAUGGCUACUCCGCGAAAUUUGAAAACGAAGAAGCAGAAGCUACAAACUUCACCGGUACCUACCACUGCGAAACAGUCCUACUGAGUCUUGCUUUACUAGCCAAGAAGCGGGCUGAUAUCCUAGACGUCGAUAUCAAUUCCGCGUCUGCACCACUAAGCAAGGCUCACCUGCAGCUCCCUGGUAAAACAACUACGGAUGCACUAAAGGGUAAGAUGAACGCCCUACCAGUAUCGCAGAAGUGCUGUCCUGCUUGUCAUGCGCUAGUCGAAUACUUCAUUGAGAAUGUAAAUCCAGCUCUGGUAUACCCGGGUAAGCAUGAGGUAUGGUCAGCGGCAGCACUUCCACCGUGGAUUCCAAGGGAAGCGGGUCAGGUAGUUCUGCGAGCUGCCCGGAAGGCACUGCGAUUUCGGUUUGACAGCAUACUGCGAGGCUGA